UUGGUACUCUUGCCAUUAGUAAGUUGUGUGCAUUUGACAAUAUGCGUCCGCAAUCAAUUAUUGUGUUUCUCGUUUUGUAUGCACAUCACGUCCGUGGAUACGAUGACAAGCCGACCAUCGAUUUCGGACGAUUGCCGGACGACACUUCACCGGAAUGGUACGCACUAAACUUGGUGCCAGACUUUAAUGCGACAGAGCCUUCGUUCGCGGGCCGAGUGGAUAUCUCGAUCCUAGUGAAGACCACCACGUCCGAGAUCACGUUGAACUCCAAGGACUUGAUGUUGCACGAAAUCAGGAUAACGGAUGAUGACACUAACGGUGAUGUCAGGGUUGACUCUUGGAAAUACGUGGAAGACCUUGAACGAGUAAAAGUCAAGGUAGUCGGACAUAUUUUGGCAAAACGAAAAUACAAAAUACAUAUUGACUAUAGUGGUUAUUUGAACGACGAUGCAUCCAAUAUUUUCCACACCUCUUACGAUGCCUACCAGCGUGUAAAAAAGUGGAUAGCUGCUAACAAACAAUUUAAAACCACACGUGCAAGAAGUGCUUUUCCUUGUUAUGACGAACCACAUCAACGCUUUUUAUCCGGUUAUACCAAGUCAAAUGAUGAAUCCAAGUGGUUUAUACGUUUGAGUUACACGACGAAUAAAGAAAAAAAUUUCGACACCAAGUCCGCACCUACCGUUUGGCUGAAUCCGUCGGUAAAUGAAACAGUUAUCCCGAUCGACGAUGACGUCGAAUGGUACAUUUUCAAUAUACAAUCAACAGGUUUCUACAGGGUAAACUACACAGAAGAAAAUUGGUUAUCAUUGAUCAAACAGCUAAACGAUUCAUUUGAAGAAAUACACGUUCUCAACAGAGCUCAGUUGAUUGACGAUUCGUUCAAUUUGGCAAAAGCGGGUCUGCUGAAUUAUAAGAUACCAAUGAGCUUCACGGAUUAUCUGCAAAAAGAAAAUGACAUAAUACCGUGGUUCACGGCUAUGAACAGUUUAAAUUUUGUUUUAAACCGUAUGAGACGUUUCAGGAAUGCGUUGGUCGAUGUUGAGGCCUUUGUCUCUAAAUUGGCCUACACUGCGUUCGAAAUGAUAAACAAACUCAUCGCUGAACAGAAAAGUCCUCAAUAUCCUACCAAUAUUGGCUGGAACACGUUGUCGACGUGGGCGUGUAAGUUGGACAACUAUAUUAUGUAUCAAUCGACCACGGUUCCGGAAUAUUAUCGGAGAUGGAAAAACGGUGAAGAGAUACCGUCUGAUAUUAAGGACGCGGCGUUCUGUGUCGGCGUUCGACAUUCCCAAGUCUCAGAAAGUUUUGACAAACUUUUACACUUAUACAAUACCACCAAAACGUAUUCCGAAAGAGCGUCGGUGAUUAACGCGCUGCCUUGUGCUGAUAUACAGACACUUUUGACAUUUUUGACAUUAAUAAUGGAAGAAAAAUUUCCAAUUGAACCAAGUGAUUACGAGGACUUCUUUAAUGCAAUGUCUUCGACGACCAACGGGAUAAUUGCUAUGAAUUAUUUUAUCACAAAUUUCACAGACCUGGUCAAUAACGUAAAAGAUGGCAAAAAUAUAGCUACGACUAUAUUUUCAAUCUUAUUUUCAAAAAUUACCACCAUAGACGAAAUCAACCACAUUAUGACGACGAUUUAUGAAAGCAAAAUACCAUGUGAAUAUUCAAAGACACUCAUCCCGGUGUUUCAGAGCGAAGUCAUUGACAACCAAAAAUGGUAUGACAAUGGUGGUCCAGAAGCGAUUUGGGAGUACAUAAAUCCUUUGUCGAAAACAGUGCCGCUCAAUCCAUCGGAGCAGAACACGACUCCACAGAGCACGUCGGAAGACGAUUCUAAUGCUUCGUCGAGACUGCAUAACUAUGCAAUAAUUGUGCAGAUUUUAGCRCUGUCUGUGUCAGUUAAACUAUUUGUAAACAUAAUCUAAGUAUUUCCUAAUAUGUGUAUGAUAUAAUAAGUUUUUUUUUACGAUAAAUAUGUGAAUAUGUCACACUUUUCGUUAAUUUAAUUUUAUGUUCAGAUCGUAGCGUGAAUGAUAAAAUUGGUUUUAAAAUAUCUUGCUAAUUUUGA